UUGACACCUCUUCCCCGGAGAACAUUACUCCACGGCAGCGAGAUGGAGAAGAAAUGAGCCAAUUUCAUAUCGCCGAGCCCCAUUCGCAGCGUAUGGCCACCCAACUCCAACUUAAUAUAAGUGGGGAUACUGCGUCGGUACUGCAGAAAAUCCUUGAAAGCCUUGGUAGGAUAGAAUCUCGGCAAGAAGACAUGAUAAAACGUCAAGAAGACAUGAUAAAUCGGUUAUCAGCUGUAGAAAGCGCUCUUGCUAAGAAGAUGCCAGAACGUGCGGAGAUCCAAGCACAAGGUCAAUUGUUGCGGGAGUGUAAGGUGCUCUCGGCAAAAACCCACCGCAGUGUAAGCCGCAUCACUGGCGAAGGAGUGAGCGAGGAGCAGACUCUGUUGCAAAGCUUGUUCCCAAUGUCGUCAGAGGAAACAUUGCUGAAGGUGGAGGAGCACCUUACACUCCAAGCUUACUCUGACGCUAUUACGGCCAUUAUUCUAAAUAUAAAAUUUACCAAGGACUCGAUAGAGAAGGUGAUGCAGUCCUUAUUUAGUGACGAGUUGGUGUGGCUGUACAACUACGAAGGAAAAGCUGGAAAAAAGGCCCUAAACAAAUUAAGAAUAGUGGAUAUCAUUCUCGCUGCAUUUGUAAAUGUGCAAGAUAAAAAAAUUUUAGCUGUAAGACGUUUUGUCAGUUUAAGCCAUAAUAGAUAUAAGCAUGUAAAACGUAAUAUGAGGAACUAG